AUCACCAAAGAAAACAGAACAGGGGUGAAGACAAACGUACCCACAGUCCCACACCAUUUACUCUUCAAUUCAUCAUCUCCUCAAGCCAGCUUUCAAUAUUCUUUCAUUCUCCAUUUUCAUUUCAAUGGCCACCCAACUUCCAAAACAGAGGAAACCAAGACUCAAAUCACACCCACAAACCCCAACCAGUUCCAUUCAGAUAACCGAACAUAUUCCACGUCGAAAAAAGCUUUUCGGGUUUCUUUCAUUUGUCGAUUUAGGCUGCGGCCGGUUUUCAUCAUCCGUGCAGCCUCCCGGAUCAACCGUUUCGGAGAAAACGAGGAGGAGGAGGAAGAACAAGAAGAAGAAAAAAAGGAAACAGGGGAGGAACAGAGGAUCCUGUCCUGAGAAUGUGUGUUGUGCUCCUCCGGUUGUCGGGUUUACAUAUGAUGUUGCACAUAGUACUAGUGCUGAUCCGAGUAGACGACACCAUAGACAGCGUUCGCGUGCAUCGAGGCAAGCGACUGUGGAUCGUCAACAAACGUUGAAUGCUGAACAGGUUGAGGAUGUGGGUUUUGUAAGGUCGAAUGUAUCGGAUUCGAGACAGUAUAAUCGGCUUCCUCGGCGGUCUCCUGGAGGAAUAUCCGAGAUUGUAAUGAUUGAACAUAAUCCGUUGUUGGAUGGGAGAAUAGAAGGGAGCGAUCGCUAUGGAGCGUGGAGGAUUAACGCGGAUAUCAUGUCGUAUGAGGAACUAGUGGAACUGAGUGACAGAAUUGGGUAUGUCGAUGGUGGUCUGCAAGAAGAAGAAAUACUAGAGUGUUUAAAAAGACCAAAGAAAUCGUUUAUUAAGUCCGUUGACUUUACCUCCAAAGUCAAAGACUCCAAAUGUAGCAUAUGUCAAGAAGAAUGUAAGGGAGAUGAAGAUUUGGGACGACUCGAAUGCGGGCAUUACCAUCACUUAGAUUGCAUAAAACAAUGGCUACUUAGGAAAAACGAAUGCCCGAUUUGCAAAACCGUGGCUAAACCAGACAAGUGAUCAACCACCACGAGCCCUUCCCCGGGUAUAUAUGUUAAGGUUACUUAAUUAUGUUUGUUAUGUUGAAGAUAAGUUUUCGGGUUUUGUUUGCGCCAACUGUGUGCAUACAUCUUUGCCGCAAGUCAUUUUGUGUUACUAGUCGUUUUAUGAUAUUGUUCAUGGUUUUUGUGUGUAAAAAUCAUAUCGAUUAUCUUGUUUUCGUUAAAUGAAAAAAGUUGGUUACAUUAAAGAGUUACUAUUUCUCUUUGUAAA